UGCUUGUUUGUUGAUUACGUUACGUUGUUUACAAAUUCGGUUCAUACGUUUUGUAAGCGCUUUUUAACAUCAUUUUAGAUAAAAUAUGCAAAUUACUUGCAAAAAAUAAAAAUACAAUAGAUGUGACUUGACUUGAAGAAGAGUAGCAUAAAGUUUCUAUUUCAUAACCUUACAAAAACAAAUCGUGUAAGCCUGCAAUUUUUCAAUAAUGGAAGACUCUCAAGACUCGAACUUGAAAGAGAAACAUGACACGGAGUUCGACGCGUUCACUGAUGGCAAGACUGUGCAAAGGAGGUACCGGCUAAGAGAGCCAAAACCAGUGAAGAAAGAAAUCGUAGAGGAGAUACCAACAAAAGUAAGCCGCAAAAAAGAACUUAAAUAUGAUUCUGACGCACAAACAUAUGAAUGCCAAAAGUGUAUGAAAAAUUUUGACACAAAAACUGGCCUUUUGAACCACAUCCGAAUGCACGAUGCCGUUAAAAAGUUCACAUGCGCUCUCUGCAAUGAAGAAUUUGCUACGAACGAAAAAUUAAUCAAACACAAAGUUGUCCAUAAGGACGAAGAUAGGACUUUCUUUUGCAAGAAUUGCAAAUUGGCCUUUACUGACCAUUGCGACUUCUUGAUCCACGAUUUAACUCACACAAACAAGAAAAUGUACAAGUGUGUUGAAUGCUCUUUGUAUUACAAACAGCAUUACAUGAAACUGCACAUCGAGACACAUUUCGAUAAGAAAUUACAAUGUAAUAAGUGUAAUAAGUAUUUUCAAACGCCAACCACUUUUAAAGUGCAUAUGAAAACUCAUGAUAAAUCCACUCAUCUAGAGUGUGUAGAGUGUGGUAAGUCGGUAAUUGACAAAAAAAGUAUGGAUUACCACAUGAUAUCGCACACCGGAGUGAAACCGUACCAAUGUUUGUACUGCGGUGUUGGUUUUGCAACUACUCAACAGAGAACUGUCCACACGAGAAAACACACAAACGAGCGGCCUUACCAGUGCGAUAUAUGUGAUCGUAAAUUUAAGCAGACGUCCGAUCUGAAAUAUCAUAUGAUAACGCAUGACACGGAGAAAAAAUUUGAAUGUGAGGAAUGCGGAAAAAAGUAUUUCCAUGCACAAGGGCUUCGUUAUCAUAUGAAAAGUCACACGAAAGAGGAUUUGUUUGAUUGUCCUCAAUGCGAUGUGAAGUGUCCGUCGCGUCAAGCCCUGAGAACUCAUUUGGUUUAUAAACACAUGGAUUCGAAGGACUUUAAGUGUGAUUACUGCAAUCUUUCGUACAAAACUAUUACAGCAAUCAGAAGACAUUAUAAAUCGAAGACACAUCAAAGGGCUGUGUAUGGUAAAUGUAAAGAUGAAACAGAAGAAUAGAUGAAAAGUGGCCUGAGGUCAAUAUUUUUGUACAUGAACUGUCUAAGACGUGCCACAGAAAUG